GAAACAAUCAGUUAUGUCUUGACUAAUUCGACAACUCAGUUCUCAGUUCCCAACGGCACCUUCCGCCUUCGAAUCUUGGCCUUGGGUGGGGGCGGUGGUGGAUGUGGUGGAAUUAAGCAAGGGAGAGGUGAAAGUGGUGAUUUAGUGGUAAACAUCAUCCAGAUUUCAGGCCCAAGGACAGUCAACGUCUCAGUUGGUAGAGGUGGAGUGGGUGUAAGGGGACAUACAGCUGAAAUAAAUUCAGAAGGAAUGCCAUCACAAUUUGGAGACUACGUCAUUGCUGCCGGAGGUCAUGGUUGUGCAAGGAAUUUAAGGGAGUAUUCCCUGAUGGAAUAUAGAGGAAUUCAACUUCUCAGAAAGGUUGACAUAACUAAAGGUAAUAACAACAGCAAAUUCAAAUAAUAUUUAUCAUUGUUGACAGAAAUUAAAAUUUGCUUAUCAAAAAUUUUCCAGUUCCUCAAUGAAUACUAUACUGAAGAUCUGGUAAACGAAUUACCAGUAUUGAAAAGUUUUUACUGAUCUGAAGUAGAUGAAGUGUGGGUAACUGGUCUGGGCCGAGGUGUGAGGUAUACAUUAAGCCUUAUUUUUUAUAAAAGGCUUUUUUGGACUUCCUGGAUCUGGGAGAGGUUCAGAUCGAGGUUCCCCUUCCGUAACCUUAAAACCGCUCAUGAUAAGACCAUCAAAGUUACACAGAUUAAUUUAAUCAUUUUAACAAAUAAGAAAACGCCUUUGGGGCGAGGUUGGUGACUGGUAUUGUUACUUGAGUUAACAAAGACAAAAACAUCAAAAUUGGCGGGAGCAUAUUACUUUCAUCCUCUCCUCUGUCCUAAUAUAAUAGAGUUCAAACUCAGUCCCUUUACAUUUCAGGUGCGGAUGGACAAGACGUUGUUCUUCCAACUUCAACUGUACAGGGCGGAGAGGGCGGAAUUUUGUUAAACGGUAGAGGACCAGUCGGUGAUUCUGGUUCAGGAAACAUUUCCGCAGCAGGAGGGGCUGGGUACGGUGCAGGAGGAGGCGCAGGUGGAGCUCUAUACUUGAGGAACGGUUCAGUACUGAUUUAUUCUGGAGGACGUGGUGCGGAUGGAGUCUUAUACCUAGAAAUGAUUCACCCAGGUAAGGUCACCAAUAGCUUUUUGCAUAUCUAAUACUCAGCUAAGGUGGCGGGUAAUAAUCAUAUUGGGAAAGUAGGCCACUUUAGUUAUCCUGUAAGGAUAUGAUCGGAUGUAAUAUAACAAGCAUGAGACGCGGUGUUUCAUCACCAAAUGGAACGCUGAGAAGAGAGUUAAAAAUACAACGCGCAGCGGAGUAUUUUUAACGAACUUCGAGGUGUUCAUCUGGUGAUGAAACACUGUGUCGAAUGCUUGAUAAUACCUCUCAAACAAAAUGAUGUUAGAAGAAGAAAUUAAGGAUGCAAAAAUAAGAAGUUUUUCAUCAGAUUUCCAAACUCAUUAAACAUUAAUUUCCUUUGUAUUUUCUUUAUGAAUUAUAUAAUGAGUUUGAGAAGGUUGGGUGACACUAUACACUAACCAAUAUGUUCUAUUAAGUGAUACAAUGUAAGAGGAAGGAAAACGUUCAUGUCUAUUUUAACUCUCUAACGAUUGUGCUAAUUGUCUCUUAUUUCUAUAAUCUACCAACCGUGCCUUUUCUUUGCAGUAUGCUUCCAAUCAAUUGACAUCAUCUUCGCGGUUCAGUCAAGCGGUUCUGUAACUGAGUUUGAUGACCAGGUGAAUUUUAUAGUGAAAACAGUAAAGACUUUCAACAUAUCACCUGAGCACACACGCGUUGCUUUGAUAAGUUAUGCAAAUAAAGCUUAUCUCAAGUUUGGUUUCCAAGACUACACAGACUCGCAAAGCCUACUUAGGGGACUUUAUGCCAUAAAAAGUGAUCAUCUAAACACUAGUUCACGAGUUUCGUUCAUCCCUGCUUAUGAGACGACAUUGAUAGCUUUUUAUGAGAAAAGACUCCAGGCUUCUCAAGCUCUAGUUUUAUUGACUUAUGCAAGCAAUUUUACACAAAAUAGUCAAAUGGAAAACUUGGUUAACAAUAUCAAGAGUCAGAAAAUUUCUAUUUCCGUGGUUCUCAUGGAUACAAAGGCAGAAUUGUCAAACCUUGCUGGUUUGGCAGGACAUGAGCAUAAUGUACACGCUGGAAAUAUGGAGUCAGUUCCUUGGAUUGCGGAUAUCAUUUGCAAAGGUAGGUCAUUACAUACCACUUAUUAGCCGAGAGUGAGGUCAUUACGGGGAAAUCUCUCAUGCAGGCCUUGCAUUGAUUGACCUCGCUUUCGCUCGGUCAAUUAAAAUGAAUACAAAAUUUAAAAACAUGCACACACACACGGGAAGUAAUUUUCAGCAUCCGCGCGCAAGAGGUCAUUUGAAGUCGUGUUCACUGAACCUAAACAAACCUGGAGAUGCGAUCGAAACCACAAGACACUUUCUUUGAUAAUGAUUAAGUUUGGACCUGAGCCUCCGAUCAAUUAAAAACAAUAACUGGUCAGCGAAUAACUUAAAAAAAAAACAUGUCACCUCGACGAGUUGUACACGAUAGCCAGCGUACAGUCAUGUGACGCUGGUCAGCGGAUACCUUUUUGAAAAUCUUGCCAGCUUAUCAGCUAAUCAGAGCGCACAUACUAUUGUAGCCAAAAAUGCCGUCGCAAAAUGUCGGUUAUUUUCUCAGGUUAAAGAAAAGAGUUUUACUGAUCAAUUGGAAUGAUAUUUUAGUAAUGUAUUAGGCAACGCUUUCAAGUUUGACUUAAAGAGUUUUAUUAAGAAAAAUCAGUCAAAAUUCGUCAUUGUCUCCUGUCACCAUAGCGCGGCGAAUAAAUCGUCUUCCUUCUUUUUUCACAGACCACUCGUUACAUCAGUAACCAGAAAUGUUUUUUCUCCGCUAGCGUCAUUAUGACUUCAUUUUCCUGAAUUUAUUCUGAUCUGCAUGAAUCCAAAUAUAUCUCCAUUUUCCCCCUAAACAUAGCCAUAAAACUAAAGGAACAGGUAUGAUGAAACCAAGAAGUAGGCUAAUACAUUGAAAAACCUUGACAAUAAUGGUGUCGUCGUUGUGAAAUCAUUGAUAAUUAGGGAAGGAACUAGUCCAUCCGCCAUCUCAAAUCUUUUAUUUUGACAACAACGACUACAACAAGACCUUACAUCCAAUUCCGUCUACUUAUAAUAUGCUUGUGUAUUUUUUAGAUUCACAUCGAAAACAGGACGCUAGCACAGUCAUCGUUCAAUCGCCAUCACCCAUAUCACAAAAUAGAACAGCGACUAUUCUGUCAACACCGGUGUUUUCUGGUUAGUAGGUAUCACACUAUUCUAAAAGCACACCCUUAAAAGAGGGUUUCUAUCCUAGCUCGGUGCUGAUCGAUGACUUUUUUGUUUGUCGUUUUCUCCUGUAGCUGUCCGUAGUACUCCGGUGGGCGGUAGCAGCCUCCAUACGCUUUUACCUUCAAAAACAGUGAAUACAUGUACAACCGUCACAUCACGGGUUCUAAAGCAGGCAGUCAGUCAUAAGACAGUUCAGGAACUGGAAAACGGUAAUAUAUAAAUUUACUGGACUUAGAAAGAAGAACAAUAUCUCUCCUUGUACUAAAUUUGGCCGUCCCAUUAGUAUAAUUAAAUUCUGGCAAGUGGCGGAAUGAGCGAAUCACUCCGCACUAAUGUGAACCUUAAAGAAGCAUGCAGUGUGAAAAAGGUUGAUUUCUAAGAAGUUGACUUCAAGGGCCUUAUCUACUUUCCUUUUCUAGUCGACCGCUAAUGGUCAGAUCCUUAUUUGAUGAGUGCUUUAAGUUUUGAAAGACUAGUUCUUUAAUUAAGGAAAGAAAGAGUGUUUAUUUCCUUUUCUCUUCCUCUUAUUUUACUGUCUCAGAUUUGAAGGACGUUCUCAGUAUAAACUUGACUUUAAUCAGUAUUGAAGAUCUAUCAAGAGUACAGGUGAGGAGAUCGAGAAAAUAUUAAACUGCUAAUUAAAACUCAAAACUGCCUCAGUAUAUCUGUCAUACCCUAACAAUUUCACUGAGAAAAAAAACAAAACAAAACAAAACAAAAGAAAGAAAAAAAGGAUAUUUCUGCUACAACAGUUGUUUAAGAAUAUUGUGAUUAUUGCCAUCUUUUGCGUCCUUGCUGACCGGAUCAAUUGCUUUCGUUUAGACUUGACUAAAUCACUUUUAUUAAUUUUUAGUCCUAUUUUGUAGUGUAUUCGACGUAAAUAAUUUGGUCCAAUUCAGUCGUUCCCUUGUAUCAUUUUUUUUUAAAAAAAGGCGACUUCAGCAAAUAAGAAGUUAGUUAUCAUUCACUUUUAGAACUCAGCAUUUACUUUUUUGUUUGUUUUAGAGCUAUGUUUCUUUAGCUGGAGAUUUACUUACGGAAAGCCACAGAAUACCAAACGCCUCUGAGGUAAGUGUUACCAUUUAAGUCUAAUAGACUUAGGGCGAUUGCAAGUUUUCCAGUCAACCGAACAGGUAUUGACCAGUAAAUUAUAAUUAUCCUGUUCAAUUUUAGGUAUGACUGAUGUCUUAGUUAAUAAUGUAACUAUAUAAUGAUAUAUUUUUACAAUCUACAAAAAAAGACGGUCGGUUUCAGUUGAGUGGAGCUGCGCUGUUCGACCAGUGGUGAAAGAGGAAAAACUUUAGAUAUCUCUGGUUCUUCCUCUGGUUCGAGUCACGGGACACCGACCUAAAUGAGCAGUCAGUGACAUGAUCCCUUGAAAUCUGCCACAUUUUUGAAAGUUUUCUAACUAAUCUUUACAGUUUUUCUCGAAUAUUUACUUCAUUAACGAAAAAUUACCGAAACAAUGAAAGAUGUUUGGCUAAAAAUGCUAAUGAGGUACUGGAUAUCUUAUUAAGCACUUUUUCCUGUAUGGUUUGAUUUUGUCAAAUUAAACUUUAGGUUACCAGGGUGGGUUGUUUGUAAGAGCUUAUAAAUGUUGCAAACAUUUGGCAGAGAGGAAUAGAAUUCAAGAUAGUGCAAAAAGUUGAAGACAUCGGCCUUGCCGUAGCAGAACAAAUGGAACCUAAUCAAGAUGGCUACAAAGCAUUGACCAUUUCAUCAGGAGGAAAAGUAGGUCAGUAAGAAAACAUUAGUAUAAUUAUAUUUAGCAAUUACUGAAUGAAGCUGUAGCCCAGGUGGUGGAUAGCACCCUUCUCAACCUUCAUAAUUUUUAUGUAAUACUAAAGCUAAAUUCAAUAAUUGCUUUAUCAUUAAUUUAAAAUGUUUGCAAGUUGUUAACAACAUUAUACAAAAAAAACAUUAACAUCAAUUAAACUUCUGUCAUAUAUGAAUGUAUUUGUUAUGCCUUUUUCUUGACUUUGCACAUUUUUAAUUAUUUUAAUUAUGGUCACCCAACUAGUUUAGCUUUUUAGAAGUUAUUUUGGGUUUCCAAAGACUGUAUGCAUUGUUAUUAAUAAUUAUAUUUCUUGUAAAUUCUUUUUAUUUAGUUGUCUUUUGUGGAGGCCCGUUCUGGUCAAAAUUAAUAUAAUAAAAUGGCACCACAAGUGACUUUUUCGGUCAGUGCAGCAUUUAUUAUGGACCCGUUGUGUAUUUUUGUCAUCACUACAUAGGAUUUUUUUAGUGUGUUGUUAUUUUUUUUUUUAGCUGCAUGAAUUAUUUUUUGUUAAGGCUGUUUACUUUUUUUAUGUUGUUGUAUGAAUAAACUUUUCAUGCGUACCACAAAUAAUUUUUUAGUGGUACCGCGAAUUAUUUUUAAUACAAGUAUUGAGAAUUAUUUUUUCAUCGUGCUGAUAAUUAUUUUUCGCUGUAUCGCGAAUUUAUUUUUGGGCCUACAAUGCUUUGCGGGCCUUGCAGUUGAAGUGGACUGGUUCGAGUCUUUGACUUCCUUGAGCGACCAUUUUGAAAACUUUGAAGUGGAGGAGUGCUUUGAAAGAGAAUGCCAAGGCGAAACAUUGUCAGGGAAAGAAACAAAAGAGGUUUUCAUCUUUCUUACAAAAUCUAUCAGGAGCCAGUAGUCUUUGCCGUUCGUGAUGAGGUUUUCUGGACCGAAGAUUUAAUAGAGGAGACUACGAAGGGACUUCACGACUCGUACACAAUUCUAACCCUUAUUCAGGGUGUCCAGUUCCUAUUUUUUCCUAUUUUUUGAGCCUAUUCCUAUUUUCUAAACUAAAACCUCAUAUUUUUCCUAUUUUUUAGCCGGUGAAGGGAAAAUUUGUAACAAAAUUGAAAAUGAAAUUAUAAUUGUAUGUGUUUUUGAGUGAAAUUUAUCAUAAAGCAAGUAGUAUGUUGACUUUGAUAUUCUAAUAUUACUAAAAAUAACAGUUACGUUUGUUCUUUCCAUGACCUCUAUUGCCUGUUAGAGUUCUGUUAACAUUUUUGUUAACCUGCAUGUACAUGUACUGUAUGUAGUGUUAUAGUUCUCCUCCUGACUAUUGAAUAAUAUUGUGUAUAGCCCACUGAAACUGCAUUUCAGUAUCUGUACAUGUUAUAUUUUAUUUUGAAGUCUUGCUCACUUUUAUGUUCAUCUUUGAAACUGAAAACAGGAUCAAGUUGUCCUCUCACAACACAGGCCAAUCCAAUCAGCAUCUUGUUUUUAAAAACCAGUCAUGAUCACUCUCUGAUUCUGGAUGCUACAUGAAAAGAACAGACUAAAGUUUAGUGUACGGCGCUAGCUCUCUUGGUGAGCCCUUGUUAACAGCUAUACCUAAGCAACUGAUGAAGGAUCCAAUAUUUUGGUUGCAAAACCGGUCUUGCAGUCAUAGCUAAGCAGUGUUAUGUUCUUCUUAGAACUUAACCAUGACAAACUUACAAUCUGGUACCAAACACAUCAGUGUCAUUUUGCGUACACCGCAGAAAGCCUGGUUUCGUACUUAAAAUUAUGCGGUGUUUUGACUCAAACAAGCAUAUUCUCAACCAGCUAUCGAUUGCAGAUUAAUGGAAGGAAAGCUUUCCAUAGGACUUUUACGUUCUAGUUCGAUAUCGUUCAAUGACAACUCAAUCGUAAGAAAUUUCUAUACUAAGAAAUUUCACUCUUCAAAAGCUUUUCAAAGAUUUGCCGCCAACUUGAGGGGAAUUUGCAUAUGAUCACCUUUGAUUAUAGAACCACGCUUGACCUGCAGUCAAGCAUAUCAUUCUGAUUAUAGCAUAACUGAGGCAAUAAACUAAACGUUACUGAUCAUUUUUACUCCUUCUUAGCCGCGAAAGUUGAUCUCAAUCCUGCGAACGUAGAAUCUGAGGACUCGUGGCAUUUAUUAUAACCCUGAUGGGGUGCAGGGAGGCCAACUUUUGUCCACAAAAGUACUAUUGAUUUUCCCAUUUUUCUCCUAUUUUUUAAUACAAAGUUUCCUAUUUGUCCUAUUUUCUCAAUGCUAAGUCUCCUAUUUGCCUAUAUUUUUGAGCAACCAUGCCGCUGGACACCCUGCUUAUUGCACAUGACAUGUCUCCCCAAUUGAACAGUUCUCUACCCAAUCUUACACCUCGAGUCUUCGUCCCGUACCACACAUGCUGGCUUUCGGGAAGGACGAUGCUGAGCAAGAACAAACCAGUGCAAAAGUUAAUUGCAAAAUACGUAUUCGACUGCUGUGAGAAAAGAAGAUCAUUAGUUCUUUAGGUUAACAUUGAUUAUAGUUCCACCAGUGUGCAAUUUGUGUUAUGAUUCUAAAUUAUUUGGAUAAAGUCAAUGUACAUAGGACUGUGUAAGACUCCAAAUAAAUAAAGCAUUGUCAUUGUCAUUGUCAUUGCUGUGAAAGAGAAUGCCCUCUACCCUGAACUUCAGGAAAAAUCUCCCGAUUCAAAUCCUGACGGGGGGGCAUAAGAACUAGCAGAGCCAAAUGGAUUCGAGGUAUAUGACCUUCGAAGAGUGCUAGUGAGAGUAGACCUGACUAACUAACUAACAUGGGGAACUUGCUCGAGUGCCUUUACGAUGGCAGUCUAGUAAUUCCUGAUUUUUAACAUUAUGUUUUUAAUAUUCGGAGAUGAAUGAGUCGGUCCAACGUCAGAUACCUGAGAUGUAUAGCCAAUAAUGCCAUAACAUAAAUAUUAGAUAAAUCAAUCGAAUUUCCCAUUUAGUGAAGUCUAGUCUAACUAGCACUCAGCAUAGGUCUUCUCCCUCGAGUCCAUCUGGCUCUGCUUCUGGUGCUCGCCCGUCUGGAUUAGAAUCGGGAGCUUCUUCCUGAACUUCAGGGUAGCGGACACUCUCAUUCUCUGCGUCUUCGUUCCGAAAACCAGCAUGUGUAGUGCGAGACGAAGAUUCGAGGACAAGACCGGGUAAAGAACAGUUCAAUUGGGCAGACAUGUCAUGUUCUGAAUAAGGGUUAGAAUUGUGUACGAGUUGUGAAGUCCCUUCGUAGUCUCCUCUAUUAAAUCUUCGGUCCAGAAAACCUCAUCACUAACGACAGACUACUAGCUCCUGACAGAUUUUGUAAGAAAGAUGAAAACCUCUGUCGUUUCAGUUCUCUGACAAUGUUUCGCCUUGGCAUUCUCUUUGAAAACACUCCUCCACUUCAAAGUUUUCAAAAUGGUCGCUCAAGGAAGUCAAAGACUCGAACCAGUCCACUUCAACUGCAAGGCCCGCAAAGCAUUGUAGAACCAAAAAUAAAUUCUCGAUACAGCGAAAAAUAAUUAUCAGCACCAUAAAAAAAAUAAUUCUCAAUACUUGUAUUAAAAAUAAUUCGCGGUACCACUAAAAAAUUAUUUGUGGUACGCAUGAAAAAUUUAUUCAUACAACAACAUAAAAAAAGUAAACAGCCUUAAUUAAAAAAUAAUUCAUGCAGCUAAAAAAAAAUAAAAACACACUAAAAAAAUCCUAUGUAGUGAUGACAAAAAUACUCAAGAGGUCCAUAAUAAAUGCUGCACUGGCCGAAAAAGUCACUUGUGAUGUCAUUUUAUUAUAUUAAUUUUGACCAGAACGGGCCUCCAUAGUCUUUCUACAGUAGAAAUAAACUUGUUCAGUUGUUAUUUUUGUCGUACAAGUAAAGGCCUUCCAGGAUUUCUACAUUUUCCAGUCUACUCUAUUGCAUCAUUGUUGUUGUGUUUUCUUCUUGGCUACAGCACUGAUCGUUUAAAGAGAAAGAACCUAAGGGAAAAAUUUAGCUAAUCAACAAGAUUGUGGGGAAUAUGGCACUCUUAAUUAGCUUUAGCUGAACUGUUCUUCGUUAAAAAAAUUAAUAAAUAACUAUUAGUAAUAAUGAUGAUAAUAAUAAGAAUAAGAAUAAGAAUAAGAAAAAUAAUAAUAAUAAUAAUAAUAAUGUUCGUUUCCGUUACCAACAACAAGCAUGACCAGGUAAUGAAGAGAAAAACUCGUUACAGACAGUAGAAAAUUGGGACAGUCCGUGUAUUGGUCUAGCUUGCUUGUCGCUAGUUUUUGUCGUUGCUGCACGGUUUUUCCCAAGAUGAACAGAAGACUAUUGGGGUCAUGAUGCAUUUUUUUAAUUCUCCAAGUUGCUCAGAUAAGCUAAAAAAAAAAUGACCUGGGAAGAAGAUCUUUGAGUGAGCUUUGUUUGUUUUCAAUUUUCUUUUCAGAAAUUGCUGUCGCAUCUGUUAACAUAUCAAAAAUACGGGAGCUGAGGUUUCCAGACAUUCUUGGAGAUGAUUUUUCUAACAAUUCAAUUCGCUCGGACAAAGUUAUACUUCCUCGAGCUGCAUUCUACCCAAACAGCACAGGUACUGUUACGUUUGGUCUUGUAGGAGAUAAUUUAAGCCACCAAGAAUGGACUAGAAAUGUGUACGUAUAUCGCAGAACUUCGUGGGACCCGUGGCCAAGGACGGGAGAGAAACUGAGUAAAAAUUUAGUGGUUGGGACUAAAGCUAAGCCCCAUUCACUCCAAAUGAAACCAAAUUUUAGAAAAUGAAAAAAAUAAAAUAAAAAGAAUAAAUAAAAAAAUAAAAAUAAAUUAAAAUUAAAAUGUUUCAGAAUUUUCGCUAAAUUUGCAAUGGACAAGUCUCUUAUGCAGGUUUUAUGGAGAGCCUAAAACGUGUUCAUCCAAAUAGCUAAUUAAACUUUGGUAGGAAUUGAUGGGCAUGCAAAAGAAAUUACAGGUUUGGUGGGUUAGUAUGUAGCGGAAACGAAGUAGUAAUAUCUGACUAUUUUGUUAUCAAUUAAGCAAUCAGUCCAAUCAAUCAAUCAAUAAUUUAUCUACCCACGUUAAUGCCUAAGAGCACAAGUGCUCGUUCAAAAUACGCACGUGCAUUAAAACUACAGUUAUAAUAAAAAUCUAGUGUUAAAAAAAAUAAAAUAUAUAUAUAUAUAUAUAUAUAUAUAUAUAUAUAUAUACAUACAAUCUAUAAUCUGUGGACACAUGAAUAUAAAAAAUUAUAAAAAUUCCAAAAAAAAGAAAUAAAAAAUAUAAAUAUUACAGCUGAGUCGACCUUAGCUUAAACUCUAAAAUAUUAACAUUAUCGGCCAGCUUGACAUCUUUUGGAAGUUUGUUCCAUAGUUGAGCGCACUUGUGUGUAAAAGAGUUCCUCAUAAAAUUAAGAUUAAAUUUGGGAACGCAAAGAUUAAUGUCAUUUCCUCUUAAAUUGUAAGACGUCUCUCUUAUGCUCAAAAAAAGUCUCUAAUGUAAUGUCAAGGAAAUUCAACACAGCUAGUCAAAAAGUAAACGACUUUUUUUUUCUGAAUCUCAACAGGAUUAGGUCAGGUUGUUUGGAUGACGCUUGACUCACUAGAAGCUAUGGAUACCACAUCGUGAGUUCCUGACUUUUGUUAAAUAAUAGUUUUCGAAUUAUUGCGCUUAGCUACAGUUUCUUUAUUGCUAAACCGAUUCUGAGUUAAGAAUAACGCAAACUUCUUAUGUCUAAGCUUUCUAAAUAUAAAUGGCUCUAAUGGAAUAUCUUACUGAAUUUAAGUGAAAUUACUGAUUUAGUUAUGAAAGAAGGUCAGUUGUAAAAGCACUACAUUCUAAAUGUAAAAAAUGUAAACGUAAAUUGCUUUUUUACCCACGAAGCACUUAAGAGUUCUUUUGGACUCGUUUAAACGUGUCCGUGCGUUCCAGAUCGAAUUGGAAUUUGGAAGUAUUGGUUUUUGAGGAGAGGGGAAAACCGGAGUACCCGGAGAAAAACCUCUCGGAGCAAAGGAGAGAACCAACAACAAACUCAACCCACAUAUGGCGUCGACGCCGGGAUUUGAACCCGGGCCACAUUGGUGGGACGCGAGUGCUCUCACCACUGCGCCACCCUUGCUCCCCGAGCUUAAUUAGCCUAUAUAUUAGCCAAAACCUUGUUGUUUUUUUAGCUCUUUUAGGGUAGGGAGUCGUAUAAUGAAUAUCAAAGUAAAACCGCGUCAAGAACAAGAAUUUGAAAUACCGGUCAAGUUGACAUUUUGGCGUACUAAGGUACAGUUCCAACAUGAUGCAUUCUCUUGUAGCUGAUUCACAGUAACUGCUUUUACCGAUCUACUAGCUAAUAUUUUUAAUCAGUCUCCGGCCCUAAUCCAUCAAAAUUUUUAAAGCAACUUUCCUUUGUUUCUUUUUACUAUUUAAUUCUGCAUCGAACUCAACGAGGAUUCGGGCUGAUUCAAUUGCUAAAACAUUAAUAUUGCUUGCAGACUUUUGAGAUCCACUUGGAAAAUAAAUGCGUCUUUUGGGAUCAAAAUAACACGUAAGUUACGCAUAAAUAUGUAUUAGUUAGUUAAAGCCUUUUUAAAUUACAUUUGAAUAUUAUUCAUGGCUUCUACAAAAUAGGAAGCUACUGGAGGAGUCAGCAAACUAUCAGUUACCUAGAUAGUGCAUAGUCUAUUAUUAUCUGUAAAAAAAAAUGAAUCAAAUAAAAAUUUAAUUUAAACAUUCUCUAUUUGUAAGAAAAAAAAACUUCCAGAUCAUCAUCAUCAUCUUCAUCAUUAUUUACUUAUUAUUAUUUUUUGAAAACUGUAAAGGCAUUGAAAUACUAUUUUGACUCUUCGGAAUAACGAUGACGAUAACAAUGAUAUGACUAGCAAUGGUCGAUUCGAUAGAGAGGGUUUAUAGUCGAUUGUACGUGAUUGAUUAUUGCAAUUGCUUCUCUUGCAGUCGAGCGGAAUUUUUGUCAUUUAGCUACUUUCAAUACAGUGGGGAGGGUUGUUUUAGUUUAAAAACAACGGCUAUUUAUACAAAAACUAAUUAUUAUAACUAUUGUAAACAGAGAUGACCAGGGUGUGUGGUCUACAGAUGGCUGCCAAGUUGCCGAAAGUAACCAGUCAACAGUAAUGUGUUACUGUAACCAUUUGACCAGUUUUGCUGUUUUAAUAAAAGUUACCAACUAUGAGGUAAAGGCCAGUUUAAUAUAGAAUUUAAAAUAUAUUCUAUAUUUUCACUUUUCAAAUAAUAAUAAUUUAUCAUCAUCAUUAUUAAAUCGUAAUCAUAAUCAUAAGUAAUGGUAAUAGGACUGAGUGGAGUAAAAUUCAGGGAGUAAUCGGGCGCGUAAUUUCAAAUUGGCCGAGCGCGUAGUGCGAAGCCGAUUUGAAAUUACGAUCCAGAUCACCCUGGAAUUGUACGACACGAAGUCCUAUUACCACUUAAUUGUGUCAAUAACAAAAUGCAAGAGUCUCAGUCUUGGAAUAUUUAUUAAUGUAAAUAAAAGUCCCUGGACCAGUUAGUUUCAUCCGUUUUACUUUUCCAUUUAAAACUGGACAGCCUACCUGGUCACUAUUUUUUCAUUAAUUUUGAUUGGUUAUCGUGUGCUAUGUAGUUACAUUUCAUUGGCUAUAGUAGCAUUUGCUACUUGAUUUUCAUUGGUUCUUUAACUGUCGGAUUUGACCAGUCCAAUUACAAGCUCCUGGUAAUCGGACAGGUCAAAUUGGAAAGUUUUAAAGUUACAAUUAUAGCAAAAUUAAGCCAAACUAUGGGCUGUUAAGAACCAAUCAUAUUUAAGCAUUUUGUUAUUGACACAAUUAUAAUAUUUAUUUUAAAAAAAUAAUAAUGAUGAUAAUAAUAAAACAUGUCAAAUUACUAUUAAAAAAAAUAUUAUUCUUAAUGUUGUGGUAAUUUCACACUUCUAUGUGUUUUUUCCCCGUAUGUGCUUUUAUAUUUUGCUUACUUGUUUGUCUGUCUGUUGGUUAUUUAACAUGGCUUUGGAUCAGGGUGUGUUGCUAAGAUACCAAAAUUUUAUCAAAUAAAUUAUUAAUAUUUAAGAGCGUAAAUGCCGAGCUACACGUGGAAAAUAAAUUAUCUUUUAAAACUGACCUAUCCCUUUGAGUAUUAGGAAUUCAUUUAAUGAUGCUUUAUUGUGUCGCGAUUUAUUUCUUAUUUUUCUCCCUUGAAUAGGGUGUCAUUUUUCGGGGUUGGGCCUUAAGUGGGGCAUCAAUUUUCGUUUAUCUUAUCCUUAAAUAGGGUCGCGGUUUAGACCCUGGGCGGCACUCACCUAUCCGAAAUUUGUUACCUUCCUCGAGUAAUUAUCUAGAUUGGACGCUCCGAUGGACGAAGUUUACCGUAUAUUUCAAUAAAUAGAUCUUUUUAUAGGUGUACACUAACACGAACUGCCUGACGCAGCCUUCGCCUCGGACGAAACUAAACUCUGGUUAAGUCCGUCUGCGAAUCAGCGACGAAAUCCUCAAGCUCUAGGCCCCCAGCUGUGUACCGGGAUUUGAGUACGUGGCGGGUUAAAAACGUCAUUGCCAAAUUUCUUAUCAAGUUGAAAGAAAAUGCGAAACACAGUUCCGGUAAUUUGUUGGCCUUGUAGUCCAAUACAAGGAUUUCGGUGCUGCUUCGGGGUACUAACCGAGGUUAAAUUGCGUCUGCAGCGCACGCUAGCCUGAUGAUAAUUACUUAGUAUACUAAGAUCAGUAAGAUUUGUUGUCACAUCAACACUUAGUCUAACUAUGCUGUGUUUUGAUUUUCUUCAGCCUAAAGACGAGCAUAAGCUACCACUGUCGAUAAUUACCUGCAUAGGGUGCGGUCUGUCGAUCUUGGGAUGCAUUUUAACAAUCCUAACGUACGCCUUCUUAACGUAAGUACAUAAUCUUAAAUUGACCCAAAAAACCCUUCCUCACUCUCGCCGCAACGCGGUCGUUUGUUUUUGUUUUGAAAUCGCGCCAUUGUUUUGUGGAGCACUGAGAUUUUCCCCUCUCUAGUCACCGUCAAGGAAAGGAAACAACGGAAGAAUAUAAACUCUCGCGUGACAUGCUUCGCGAGAAGCGCGAAAGGCAUGUAACGCGCGCGUAAAAAGAUGCGGAAUCAUCGAUGUCCUACAAAACGACCCUUAACGUACAGUUCCCCAGCCCUGAAUUUAAUUUAGAUCAUUCGUUUUAAGCUAGGGUGGGGAUACUUCGAGAUUUUGACGUGUAUUUAAGCCUCUAGGACCUCCGACACUAGUAAGACGUACACUGCUGGCGAUUGUUGUUGCUCAAACUUGACUGUUUGUUCACCUCAACUCUGACGUUAUUUCGCCAAAUGUUUAAAGCUUGUGAUGGCAACAAGUGAAUUUGCUUUUGGUAUUUGUUAAACCCUUGCAGUAGUCUCCGAUCACCGAGGCAUUUUAUUCACAUGAAUUUGGUUACUGCCAUCUUACUUGCUCAAGUUUUGUUCCUCGUAGCAGCUUUUGGAGUAAGACCAGAGACAUCAAAGGUGCAGUAAUAAUCAACUCAAUCUUGCAUUUUUACUCUAAGAGUUGUUCUAACCUAACUUAAAUCACUGAACACUCACUUAUAACCGUGUAUCAAAAAAAGGGGCAGCUACAUCAAUGAAACAAUGAAGCACACCCUUCUUACCUUUUGCUGCACCACAUUAUCAGGUUUAUUGUGAUGCCAGUGGUAAGCCAUUUGCCCGAUGACGUCAUUUUACUACAGUAACUACGCCCAGAAUACCUCAGGGUUUGCUUUCUCAGAGUGUGCAAAUUACGACUUUUGUUAUUUAAACCUCGCUGGGAAUAUCAAAUUUAAAUUCAAAAGGAAAAACGAAAAGUAUUUUGGUCUUAGAAGUAAAAUGACGCCAACCAGGUUCAUACCAUGCCAGGUUUUGCUGCACUGGAUCUUCUUUAAUGUAAUACCAUAAUACAACAUAAUAGGCGAGCCCACUUCCUUUGGCCUAGGGUUAGAAUGAGGUAGAAGUCUAUUCAAUUAUUAUUAUUAUUAUUAUUAUUAUUUUUUUAUCAUUAUUAUUAUCGUCAUCAUUAUUAUUAACGUUAUCAUCAUCGUUAUCGUUAUUACUAUCUUUUAUUUUUUCAGAUUGGUUGUUACGUUAUUUCAAUCGGCCUGUUCUUCUUUUUCCUCUGUGUUUUUUCGUGGAUGCUUGCUGAAGGACUCCAUAUUUACUUCAUGGUGGUCAGAGUGUUUGAUUCUGGCAGAGGAAGGAAACUAUAUUACCUGCUUAUUGGAUGGGGUAAAGUCGAUAAUCAUCAAUAAUUGUUUUAUUAUUCAUUCAAAACAUUUUCUGUUCUAAAUUCUUUACCUUCUCGUACAUUGCUCUGUUUCUGAUUAUAACUCUAUGUAACGGAAUCCAAGACAGUCUUUAAUUCUGCUUGAUUCCUGUCACGACAUGGAUUCCGGAUUCUUCCGUGCAAGGUCAAGGAAUUACUGUAUCGAGCGUUUGUUCUGCCUCAUUUUAUUAUUGCAGUCAGGUAUGGCAUCAUUGUGGUUCGAGAAACACAAAGAAAAUAGAAAAAGUAAAUGAGCGAGCACUAAGAUAUGUUUACAAAGGUAAAACAUCAGCUUAUUAUAAACUGCUACAGCGAAUAGGUUUAGGAACCACGUUGGAAAACCGUCGUGUCCACAUGCAUUAAGGAACUCGUUAAAAUGAGAAACAACAAGUACGAUUUAAGCGGCAAUAAUACGCUAUCACUGCCAAAAGUAAAUACUACAAGUAUGGAUUAAACUCCUUCAGAUAUUUCGCCGCAAAACAAUGGAACAGUAUUCCAAAUGAAUUGCGUUUAAGAGCUGGAGGUCUAGAAUUUAACAAACAAGUGAGGAACAUUCAAUUUUAGUUACCUAAUUUUGUAAUUUUAGAUGCUAGAUAUUUUAUAUUUUUACAUUUCUAUGUACAUAUUUCUUUCUUUCUUUCUUUCUUAAUAUUGAUUUGUGGAAAAACUGCAAAAUAGCUUUAGCUAAGUGUUUCUCCCACGUUAAAUAAAGAUUAUGUUAUGUUCUGUUUCUUUUUUUUUUGAUUCCGGAUUCUAGGUAUCGGAUUCCAAAUUCCAAUAGCUGUUGAGAUUCAGGAUUCUUUAAGCCGUAUUCAGGAUUCCAAAAUUCAGGAUUUCCGAAAUUCCAGGAUUCCCGUACAUGGAACGAUGAUUACCGAUUGGCUGAACUAAAGCUGGCCAAUUCUAACUAGUACCUCACGCUUUUGGUUUUGUUAUUUUCCUUUCAGGUUUCCCGCUCAUUGUUACUGCGAUUGCCAUUUCUAUUUUUCAGUCUAAGCUUUUUUCCAAGGAAAUGUAAGCAUAUGUGAAGGUGACCUGUUAACGAACAGUGAAAUUAAGAGCCACGCCAGUUCAGUUUGAAUUACGAACACUGAAACAUGUUGUGAUCAAGACUGGUUUUAACGUUGGGGUAUAGCUAGAGCAAGGUGUUAGUGGCUUCGCAGCCGUUUGCUCUGUAGAAAGUGCCUUUUUUACGUCUCUGUGUCUUGGAGGCUUAAUAGGGACAUUACGAUCCGACAACUGCGACGUCCUUGAAAAUGUCUCUAAAAAACAGACUUCGCAACACUUUUUUUCGCGAUUAUUCCAAGGGGCCCAGUUACUUAAAAGAAGGGAAUUUGGGUUGGAGCUGAAGAAAAGGCACCGUGCCCGAGUUCAGACACAGAUGGUAGAAUUUAUCGCCCUGCCGUUCCCUUUCCCAAAUAUACUUAUUAAAUAAAAUUUGGUCAUUUCACGGCGUAGUUGUGCAGAGACUGCAAAGAAAUGUACAAAAAAGCGUGAUGCACGUGUAGAGUUGUUGUUUCGCUCAUUAAACAUAUUGCCUUUUUGACUUUCCCGUGUCGUCGACGUUGUAGUUUCAUAAGGUCCCUAUCAAAGCUACUUAUUGACAAGCUUUCGAUCUGUUGAAUGUUUUCAUGCAUGAACAGGCUAACCUAAGCUAAGAUGUCUAAUCCAAUGAAUAUAUGAUAUACUUUGUAUUUAAUGUUGUUCAAAUUUUACCUUUGCCAAAAUAUGUUUACCUUGAUUUGGUUUUAAGCACUGAUAAGGCAUGAUAACGAGUUUGAAACAAACAGAAACUAGAAUUCAAGCCAAGGAUAAAAUUGAACCACAAUAUAAACGCCGUUAUUAUACGUCUGCGGGGGAGUUUAUAGAGUGAAGGGCGAUAACUGCAAAACGGGGCGACUGACUUUCAGUCAUUUUCCUCCGUUUACUUAGUUGCUGGCUUUCAGUUGACUCUGGUGCCAUUUGGAGCUUUGCUGGACCUGCAAUCUUUGUUAUUUCGGUAGGUGUACAUAACUAGUACAUAACUGAACUAUCUUAAUUUUCAAACUUAAAAGCAAGUGACAAACCCACAGUAGCUUAAAGGGCCUAUGUCAUGUUACUUUCCAUGUUUUUAAAAGCCACAACGACCACGCCUUCGUUAACCUGCAAUCAGGAGUUCUUUUUUCAGGGAAAGCGCAAAGGAGGACUGCCUGAUUGCAGGUUACGCCUUCGUAAUUCAUUUGAAUUCCAAAGAUAAUGGCCCAGUUAUGUAAUUCAAAACGGUUUCCUGUCGUUUUUUGCAACGGAUGGUUAGGAUGGACAUAAUAAGCUUGGAUUGAACUCUUGAAAAGCUUGGGCCAACUUUUUCAAGUUUUACUUAGUGCUAUGGCUUGCAAAAAUCGCCAAAAAUUAUGUUUUGUGUAAAGACAGUGGUAAAGGUACUAAGUAAUGCGGAAUUAAGCACAGAAUUGACCAUAACAACAAUAUCUUCGUUACAGAGCCCCUUUAAACUGAAUUUCCUUGUGUUUUUCAUUGCCAGAUUAACCUCGUUAUCCUUGUAAUGGUCAUGCGGGUAACUUCUAAAAUGCUGAAUGAAGAGUCGGCAUCUGGCCAUUCCAGUUUAAGGUACAAAUCCAGACAUACCAUGUUAGUAUUAAUAAAACAGUAACUCUUUUUUGUUGUUGUUUAAAUUUGUGCUAACAUGCUUUUUUUUAUGCUCAGCAACAAUGCAUUAGAAGGAAACACGUAUAAAGGAGCCAGUUUGAAAAUAAAUAAAAACAAAGAGAGAAAUAAAAUAAAAUAAAGAUCAAACACUUACUUCCUCGUUCUCGAUCGGUGCAGUAAAAAGGGAAGGAAAUUGUGCGUACGAAUAGCCAGCGUCUGUUUUUGAUUUUAACGUUUCGCGUUGAUUUGCUCUCCCUUUUUCUUUUUUUCUCUACACUGCUAUGUAUUAAUGAAGAUCUUUGGCAAAAGCUUUUGUUACGCUACUUCCAAUCUUGGGACUGACUUGGGUGUUUGGUCUUCUCUCCGUCAACAACACCUCUGUAGUGUUUGAAUACCUCUUUGCCAUUUUCAAUGCCUUGCAGGUACGUUGCUUUAAAUGUAAUAUGGUAUUUUAA